AUGUCUGGGGUCAGAGGAUGGAGGGAAGGCAGCAGGUAUCGGGCGGCUGCUGCCUCCAGUACCCCGUUUUCAUCUCAGGGUUACCUCUGGGAUGGCAAAAAUAAAACAGAGGCGGCUGAAAAACCUCAGAAGCUGACAACACCUGAAGAGGAGCAAAGCGGCCAAGCAUCAGCCUACCAACAACAGCAAGAGCAAUAUGUCAGCCCAUAUGUCUUGAUAACUCCAAACGAAACCAGAAGAAACCAGUUGCAGCAAAUUGCUAAGAAAGAGCUAGAUGACCUGGAGCAGUGGAAGGAAGAACACAGGCCAGGGCCAAUUAAGUUGGUUCCACAGAGACUGGGUGGAAAGGAAUCAGAGGCUCAAGCAAGGCAAAAACAGCAAAUGAUGCUCAUGCAAUCUAAAUACCAGCAAAAGCACAAGAGAGAAGAAUAUGUAAAAGCAAAAAAGGCAGCUGAAGAAGCUGAAAUUCUGAAAAAGAAAGCAAUUCAGAGAGAAAAGGCAGAAAGACUUGAAGUUAAAAAAAGGCAACAAGAAAUACAAAGAAGAGAGGUGUUCCUUGAAGAUCAGUAUUACAAAACCAAUGAAUUAUUGAACAGAUUGGACUUGAGUUUGCCAAAGAGUGAUUCCUGUCAGAUUGCUAAUCGUGGCCCAGAAUCUACAGCAUGGACGAGGAGCCAUACUUAUAAGCAAACUCUUCGAGAGGAUGAAAACAGAAGAUUAGAGGAAAUGAAGCAAGAACAACGGAGGAAGGCUGAAUUAAUGGAAUUUAAACAAAAGCAGGAAGAGGAAGCCAGGAUAAGAGCACAUCAAAACGAACAGAGGAGGGUAAAUAAUGCUUUCUUGGACCGACUCCAGAACAAAAUGCAACCUAAUAGCAUCUACCAACCUGGAUAUUCUGGGAGUCUGGACUACCUCAGCAAUGGCGCCAGGGAGUCAAACUAUUUGGAAUAAAGGAGGAGAAAGGGUAUUGGAGAA